UUAACACUGUUCACAUUAGGAAGUUACUUUCCUUAUAGGAAAACACCGAGCUACCGUUAGCUAUCUGAUCGCCGUAUAGCGAAACCACGUAAUUUAAAUGGAAGCGGGAGGGAAGUGACCACGUCACUAUCCAUAAUUUUAGGAAAAGCCACGUGUACAGGAAAUAAUCAGGCGACCUGAAACAUGUGAGAGCUCUCAACCUUGCGAAUGGUGUUUCAACGGGUACAUUUUGAGGUUUGUAGGUACAGAUCGCUAGCUGGUUGGUUAGCUUGCUAGGUGGCUAACAAUUUAUUGGCGGCUGGUUUUGGCCACACACUGAGGGUCAUCGGUCAUCCUCACCAGCGACAGGAAGAUUGUGGAUAGUAGCUAGCAGCCCCCUUUACCACAGAUUUUGUAGGAACAUCAUGCAUUUGAGGAGAGGUUGGUGUAGAUGCCCAGGGUCCAUCUCCCUGGCCCUUUUAGCUGCGCUCCUCUUGAUGGGUGUCCAGGCCCGUCCGGCCAACAUGUCGGCCAACCGGGACAAGAAGCCCAACAGCAAAGAGGAGAACGAGAUCCUUCCACCGGACCACCUGAAUGGCGUGAAACUGGAGAUGGAUGGCCACCUCAACAAGGACUUCCACCAGGAAGUCUUUCUGGGGAAAGAUAUGGAAGAGUUUGAGGAGGACUCCGAGCCCAGGAAGAACAGGAAGAAACUGAUAGAGAUCUUCAGCAAGGUGGAUAUCAAUGAGGACAAGAGCAUCAGUGCCAAGGAGAUGCAGCGCUGGAUCAUGGAGAAGACACAGGAGCACUUCCAGCAAGCAGUGAAAGAAAACAAACUGAGCUUCCAUGCUGUCGACCCAGAUGGUGACGGUCAUGUGACAUGGGAUGAAUAUCGGGUGAAGUUUCUGGCCAGCAAAGGCUUUGAUGAGAAGGAGGUGGCUGAGAAGAUCAAGAGGAACGAGGAGCUGAAAGUGGAUGAGGAGACUCAGGAGGUCCUGGAAAGCCUGAAGGACCGCUGGUUCCAGGCUGACAACCCCCCAGCAGACCAGCUGCUGAACGAGGAGGAGUUCCUGUCCUUUCUGCACCCUGAGCACAGCCGCGGCAUGCUCAAGUACAUGGUCAAAGAGAUUGUCCGUGAUCUGGACCAGGAUGGCAACAAGAAGCUGACCCUGUCUGAGUUCAUCUCGCUGCCCAUGGGCACAGCGGAGAACCAGGAAGCGCAAGACAUUGACGACGACUGGGUGCGGGAACGGAAGAAGGAGUUUGAGGAGGUCAUUGACGCCAACCAUGAUGGUAUUGUCACCAUGGAAGAGCUGGAGGAGUACAUGGACCCCAUGAAUGAGUACAACGCCCUCAACGAGGCCAAGCAGAUGAUCGCCGUCGCUGACGAGAACCAGAACCACAACCUGGAGCUGGAGGAGAUCCUCAGGUACAGCGAAUACUUCACUGGCAGCAAGCUCAUGGACUACGCCCGCAACGUGCACGAGGAGUUCUGAAGCGCCCUGUUCCCUUCACCACGUCUCUCUCCACGGAUCUGCCCACCAGACGGGAGUCGCACACGCACCGGUUCUCAAUUAAAGGACCGUUUAAUUUACAAAGCUGCUGGGUUGCGUUCCUUCCCCCCGUUUAGUUCUUAUGGUACGUUCCGACGCUGCCCUUGCCAGUGGUAGGAGGUGUACCUUACUGUCAUGGUGUGCUUGUUGUCCUCAAUUGGACUUGCUUCUGCUUGUGUUCUUCAUCUGCCAACAGUUCAUUGUGGACGGUGUGUUACCCUCAUAAUCAUGUGAAUAGAUGUACAUAAGAGAUAUGUUCAUAAGAGCUUAUAUUAUUUUGUCCUUCAAGUCAUGGCCUUAAAUAUUCUCCUCGUUUAACGUUAGACAGUUGUUAAAAAUAGAACGCAUAAACAGACGAUUGCAUUGCGUGUUUUGACAGUAAGGGAGCCAAGUUCAGCAGACAUUUGGAUUCAUUUCAGUGAAUACAUCAUCAUUCAGACAGCCGGAUUUCUGCUGUAUUCUGCCCACAAUUAUAGUAAACAUAUUUUGAAGUAGCACCAGUGAAGGCAGUAAAUUUUUUAUCAGAUGUAAUAUUAUUUACUUGUGACUUUAUUGUGCAUUGACAGAAUUUGGACAUUUUCUUUAUCCCCUCAUAUGAAGAAAUUCUGAAGGGAAGGCUUGAUUGAAAUCCGUGCCACUCUAAUCGUUUAGUCAGUUAACCCCAAAAAGAAGCUUUAAUAUAAAAGCAUAAUGGUGUUGAAUAGGCCCUCUGUAAUACACGCUUUUGAAUGUGUUGGAGAAGCUGCUGUGCCUGUGUUCCGGCUUGAGAGCUCCCCCUGAAAAUAAAUUAUUUAUGAUUGUAAAUAUGUGUAAAUAUUUUGAAACGGUGUCCCUUAUACAUUUCAUGGAAAUCCAAAUGGGUACAGAAGUAUGCGGCACUGCUGAGGAGUUUCCAGACACGUCAUCAGUUGCGGCUGCUUUUCGUUCACAUUGACAUUUCUGAUGUCAAACCUCAGUGGUGUAUGUAAAGUCUUCUUGUACUCUACGUCCGGCCCAGUUAACUGAACCAAGUGCUGGAAACAACUCACAUCAGUGUAAUGGACAGCUUUUUAGGGAGCUUUCUUUAUAGAUGAGCCACCUUUAAAGUUACCAGCAGUCUUUAAGUCAUGUUCUCAAGUAUUUUAUUAAUCUCUCCUUUAUUAUUUAUUUCUUAGUUAUUAUGUAGCAUUUGUGUGUGUUUGUUAGCUCAGGCCAGACCUUCUGCCUGCCCAGGUCUUUUACAAGCACAGCUGAGUGAGCCAUCAUCAAAUGUAUGUUUUUUUUUUUCCCUCCUCUCUAUUCAGUCCAUGCUUAUAGGUUAGUCCCAGUAUGGGUCCUCUAAUGCAUUGCAGAAUACAGGAAUGCUACCAUCCUGUUAAUAGUGGGCUGCUCAUUUGUUAAAGGGCAAUUCAACCCAUACCACCCAGCAUAAAAAAUGUAUGAACUCCGCUACAAUGAAUGUGUAAUGUUAAAUCAUCUAGUAUUUUGGAUGCAAAGUCAUUGUUUUUUCCUAGGAGUUUUGCAUUCAGUCAGGCAACAAUACAAUAUGAAGCAUUUGUUUAACGUUGUUCAAGAGCAUAGCUCUUGUCAGCUUGUCCAUGUCUCAAUAUCUCAAUAUUUCAAACUGUUCGUGCAAGGGAAAGACACCCUAUUGAUUAAUUCAUUCAUUUCUCUUGCAAAUCUAGAUCAAGCUAAAUUUAAAGCUGUAUUGUGAUAUAAAAAAAUUGUAUGAAAAUUGUCAUUAUAAUUGCCCUCAUACCCUUCAUCAGGUGCCUCAGAAUGCUGAAAAUAUUCCUUCAUUUUUUGGAGAAUGAAGUGGUAACUGCAUAGCAGGUGGUGUUUUAAUCUAUUUGUGUUUAACCAUUUGGGCUGUUGAGAAUUUCAGUAAUAGUUUGGUAAUAGUUAUACAAUAGAUUGUAAAUAAUUGAGUAUGAAAGUAUAUUUGUACAAGAAUCAAAGAGUUUUUUUAUCUGUUGAAAUUUAGUGCAUUAUUGGUUAUUGACUGAAUACAAAGGUAUUACUGAUUAUGUGUCUUUAGCAUUCCCUCCUCUGUAUAUUUUGGAUUCCUGCCUUAUUGAGUGGUUAGUUUUCUGUUUGUCUGUUGACUUAUGAGGUGCUGCAUAUUCGUGAGCCAAAAGCACCACCAACAUGUAGGUCGAUCAAAGCAUCAUCUCGAUAAAAAUAUCUUUUAGUUUGCGUUCCUUUCAUCACCACUAUCCUGUGGAAAUCUGUCAUAAUAAUUGGAUACAACAUUGAUGUUGAUGUCAAACUGGAAUUGCAUUUCAUCAUCUAAACCCGCCCUUAGACCUGUAAGCCAAGCAUAAGCUUCUGUUUUGUCAGGCAUCUUUCAUGCGCAUUGAAUUACAAAUUGACAUGAAAAAAACAUGGUUUUUAUUCUAGUUUAUGUGGGUUAUCAUAAUCAUCGUCCAGUCAGGCGCUUAUUUAUGUCUUUGAUAUCAUGCACGGCGCAUAUGCUUGAAUGAGCACUGGUUAUAGUGAAAUCUACAGCAUUUGGAAUAGACUUUCUUUGGUGGUAAUGAUGUGCUUUGUCUCCUUGGUUACUCAGCCACCAUAUCAAAAGUAGCUCGAAUGAAUUUCAUUUUAAUUGGCAAUUAAACUUACUGAAAAUAUAUGCUGUCUGGAUUUUAUAAUGUAUAUGUGCUCCUUCUUGCAUAAUAAUGUAACAAAACAUGUCAUCAAAAUGAGUGGGACUUGUAUCUCAAAUGCUUUAAAAUUGAUUACAAAUAAAGGCGUGAAGUGACCAACUAAAAA